AUGCUGGAUACCCGGGACGCGACCACGACGCCCACACUCACGACGACCGCCCGCCUGGAUGGCCGCACGGUGGUGGUGACGGGCGCCAACACGGGCCUGGGCCGCGAGACGGCGCUCGAGUGCGCCAAACGCGGCGCCAGGGUCUUCAUGGCCUGCCGGGACAUGACCAAGUGCGAGGAGACUCGGAAGUUUAUAGUCCUCGAGACCUCUAAUAGAUAUGUGUACUGCAAACACUGCGACCUUGCGUCCCAGGCGUCCGUCCGAAAGUUUGCCGACGUCUUCAAUAAAACCGAGCCGCGGCUGGACGUGCUGAUCAACAACGCCGGCGUGAUGCGCUGUCCCCGCCGGCUCACUGUCGAGGGCAUCGAGCUGCAGCUGGGCGUCAACCACAUGGGCCACUUCCUGCUCACAGCGCUGCUCCUGGACAAACUCAAGAGCAGCGCACCCAGCCGGGUGGUGAACGUGGUGAGCGUGGCGCACCGGCGCGGCGUGCUCGACUUCCGCGACCUCAACAGCGAGAAGGAGUACAGCCCCGUGGACGCCUACAACAACAGCCAGCUGGCCAACAUGGUGUUCACGCUGGAGCUGGCCAGGCGGCUGAAAGGCAGCGGCGUCUCCUGUAACGCCGUCCACCCGGGCCUAUCGGCCACCGAGCUCAACCGCCACAUGAGCUUCUACAAUAGCUGGCUGGCCGCUGUGGUCGUCAAGCCGCUGCAGUGGUUCGCGCUGAAGACGGCGGCGCAGGGCGCGCAGGGCAUCGUGUAUGCGGCCGCCGAGCCGACCCUCGCAGACAUCAGCGGCGAGUACAUCAGCGAGUGCGAGGGCACGGCCGUGGCGGAGGAGGCGCUGAACGAGCGGCUCGGGGCCCGGCUGUGGGCCACCAGCGCCCGCUGGACGGGACUGGAUGCCGACCUGAGCCCGGCCCGCGGCUCAGAGGCCGGCGCCGCUCGGACGAGUGGCGGCAACUGA